CUUCCAAGUCCUUGACCUCGUACAAGGCAGCAGCCAGAUACAAAGCCUUCGCAUAUUCCCAGAUCUAGAUCAAAGGCUUCAUAAUAAUUUGUCACUCUUUCGGAACUCAAUCGUCCCGCUCCGUUCCACAAUGUCCAACGUCCUCCGAAGCCGUCGCCCCACAACCGGCCCCGAUGCCGGGAAGGCCUCCGGAGUGCCUAAAAGAACAUCGCCUCAGCGGACAUUCAUGUCCCUACCAACAGAAAUACAUCUCGCCAUAUCCGAUUUCCUCAUCUACCCAGAUGCACUAUCGUUGAAACACACCAACGCCUAUUUCUAUAGCCUUGUCGAUACUGGUAUCAACCUCAAAGUGGAAUGGCUAGUGGAACGACGGAGCCUCCAUCUAGAAUGCCCCAAUGACCGGCGAUGCGACCUCGGUAGUGAUCUGCGUUUCUGCCGCGGGAGUGUACCUCUACUCAUGCAACGAAGACGAGAACAUGUGGAAUGUGAAUCUCGACCAGGCCUUGGCUGUCUUGUUUACGGGACAAAGACAUGCUCCCAUCGCUCAUUGCUGAGUAGAACACUACCACGUUGGAUGCAAAUCAAACUCACCAUUGAAAUUUGGUGGAUUUUGCUAGCCCUUGUACCCAUUUUCUCUUGCUGGGUGUGGCUAGCUGAGUUACCAUGGGGACUUGUAUUUGGAUCUUGAGUUUCGGUAUUUGAUUUCUAGCGAUUGCUUCAGCAGAUCGUCGAGAGUUUGUUCAUUUGUUGGUCUGAAGGCAUAAUUAUGUAAUACUAAUAUUGUAAAAUAAGGAACGGACUUCGGGGGUAAUAAUGGUUGGAGGCAUGAACUGAGCUCUUGCCCACUUCUGGGUAAGCAUUUAUACUCUGGCAGUAUGAAUAAGAGAAAU